AUAUGAUUAUAUUUUCUGUCAGAGUUUGGAAACAUAAACAUAAAUCUCAGUCAAACCCUAAUUUGCUCAACUUAGUAAGAAACUGAAAAUUUUUAAUUGGUUGUUUCCGUUUUUUACUCCAUGCCUAAGCUUAUUCUGAUUCUAACGACCAUAUUCACGUUACACUCUCUCCAAUCAUAAUGUCAAUCUCAUCACCCAAACAAAGCUUCCUCGUACUCAUCACAAUUAUCUUCUUCUUACUGGGCCCAGGUCCAGUCCCAGUCAUCGCUCGGGAUGCCCACGUCAUCAAUUUCCGGUCAUCGAAUCUUUACCCGGAAUCCCUCGCAUGGGAUCCCAUCAUGCAGCACUUCCUCCUCGGAUCCCUCCGACAACGGGUCAUCACCGCCGUCUCGGACUCCGGCAUCGUCGAAACCUACAUCUCCGACACCGACCUUCCCGAAGGUGCCUCCAUCCUGGGCCUCGCCGUCGAUGCCCCGCGCAACCGCCUCCUCGCCGUCGUCCACUCGUACCCUCCCCUCCCUCCGUUCAACGCCCUCGCCGCCUACGACCUCCGGUCCCGCCGCCGCCUCUUCCUCAGUCCCCUCCCGUCCGAAGGCAUGGACGCCGCCAACGAUGUCGCUGUCGAUUACAGUGGCAACGCCUUUGUCACCAACUCCGGUGGAAACUUCAUCUGGAAGGUCACCGCCGACGGUUCCGCCUCGAUCUUCUCCAGAUCGCGGAAGUACUUGACGGAGACUAACAAUCCAGUGGACGACGGAUUGUUGGAGACUAACAAUCCAGUGGACGACGGAUUGUCACCUCAUGAUUACCUAGGGCUGAACGGAAUCACUUACGUUAGCAAGGGUUACCUCUUAGUGGUGCAAUCGAGCACCGGGAAGGUUUUCAAGGUGGACGCGGUAGACGGGACGGCGAGGAAGGUGUUGGUAAAGGAGGAGUUGAUCGGCGCUGAAGACAUCGCGGUGAGGAGCGACGGGGUGGCGGCAGUGGUGGCGCCGAUGAAAGAGUUGUGGUUGUUGAAGAGCAUGAAUAGUUGGUCGGAGGGAGCGGUGUUCGACAAGGUGGAGGUGAAUGUGCGGCGGUUUCCGACGUCGGUGGUGGUGGGAGAUAAAGACAGGGUGUAUGUGUUGUACGGACACGUGGAUGAAGGGAAGAUGGGGGAUUCGGGAAGAGAGAGUUUUGCGAUUGCUGAGUUGCGAUGGAAGGGUGAAGACGAGAGUGUUUGGAUCUUCGUGCUUGUUGGUUUGGGCUUCGUUUAUUUUAUCUUUUGGAAGUACCAGAUGGCUCGCCUUGUCAAGAAGAUGAACAAGGUCAAUUGAUUUUGUUAAACCAUACAUUUUCUUACUUUUAUGUUAUGUUUGGUUUUGAUU